UUCGAUCACGCCGCGCAUAUGGCGCUCUCCGGCGGCCCCGCCUCGGCGCCGCCGCAGUUCCACGGGCAGGCGGCGGAGGCGGAGCUGUUUGAGGAUGCGGUGGAGGGGUCGCCGACCGCCUCGGCGCCGCCAGUACCAUGGCGCGAUGGCGAGGCUGCAGCGGUGGUCUCGUCGUCGCCGCCGUCAGUGUCGAUACCGCAGGGCGACGUCGCGGCUGAAGAGGAAGCCUACGAGUCACCCUCGGCGUCAGGACAUCCGGCAAUUAACGGGGCGGAGGAGGAGUCGCCUUCGGUUUCUGAAUUGCGAGACGGGCUGGGCAGACUGGGCGCGGGAAGCGUCUCUCCGCCGGGCCAGCGCGCGAGGGGCACGGAGGAGGGGAAUUCGUCGGCCCCGUCGGGGGCAGCAUCCCCGGGGAUGGAGGAUUCGAAGCCCAGGUCCGCGUCAGCGCCGCCUUCGCCCGGGCCGCCGGGUGCGUCGUCGUCGUCGUCGCCCGUGCCGCAGAUUAGGCAGCACGCGCGGCACGUGCGGACCAGCAGCUUCCAGCGGUUCCGGCAGCAGAUGCAGCGCGCCUGGAAGUGGGGGCCAGUUGGAGGUGCUGAGAGGAGCCCCAGGGAGCACUUGCUGCGGACCACGGUGAACAUCGAGGCCAUGGCGAAUCAGAAGCGGCAGUGGUAUCAACUCCAUUCCAAGACUCUGGAUCAGAGGCAAUUUAAGGAACCGGCAUCACUGUUUGAACAUUUUUUUGUAGUUGGACUUCAUUCUUAUGCAAAUGUGACAGUCAUUGAGGAUGCUUUUGCAAAAAAGAAAGCUGUUGAUAUUAAACAAGAUCAGUAUCAUGGACCAAUACCAACCAUGGAACCACAGAUUCUUUUCCAAUAUCCACCUGGAAAGGGAGUGGAAAUCAGGGAGGCCGAUUUGCCCUCUUUCUGUUUUCCUGAAGGCGUAAAGGCUCACUUAGUAGAGAGGACUCCUUCCAUGAGUGAUCUAAAUGAAGUGAUAUUUGGGCAGGAACAUCUGUGUCGAGAUGAUCUGUCCUUUAUCUUCUCCCUAAAGGUAUCAGACAAUGCACCACUCUAUGGUGUUUGCCUUCAUGUCCAGGAAAUUGUUCAAAGAGCUCCUGGUAUACUAGGAGCAGUCUCACCCUUGAACCAGACUUCCUACAAGCCAAGCCGUUUCUUGGUUUCUGCACCGCGUUGUUAUUGUUUACUUACAAGGGUACCCUUUUUUGAGCUACAUUAUGCGAUGUUAAACAGCAUAAUUGCACAGGAGAGGCUUGACAGGAUAACACAGUUUGCCAGUGAAAUUGCUCUGGCAGAGCCUGUCCCUCGCUCCUUGAAAGAACAAGAUCUAUUUAAAGCGGAUUUUGAAUCUUCAAACGGGCUUUCGUACAGUGACUGGAUGGAGUAUGCUGUGCCUGUCAACAGUAUAUCAGGUAUUGUUUCUUCAUCGAGGCUUACAUCAGAAAGAGACGCCGCUUCCUAUUUAUUCAGGAGUUGGGAACCUAAUUCUCCUGAAAGUAUAUCGGCUAGUGAGACUUCAGAUUCUAGUUACGCAAAAGAAUUUGAGAAGGAAGGAAGACAUAGUUUCCAACAAUUCGAAGACUGUAUAUCAGAGAAUACGGAAUCCCGUUGUGAUAGCUUUGGAAGUGCAAGUAGUACUUAUGAGAAUGGACAUAUGUCCCCAGAUCUUCUGUCCACUGAUUCUCUUAUGUCUAGAAGAUUAGGACGCACACAGAGCAUGGAGUCUUUGCAGAGUUCAGUCAAAUGUGCUGGGUCAGAUGAAGAAGAGGAUGAAGUAAACAUGAAGAAUGAAACUAUUGUUGAUGAUUACAAAGUUAUGGGAUGGGCCAAGGCACACAAUAACGAAUCUCUACAAAUUGUUUGUGGUUACCAUGCCCUUCCUGUGCCACCUCGUGGAGGAGAAAUUGUCUUCCAACCUCUCGAACAUCUCCAGCCUGUUAAAUACUCCCGGCCCGGCUUAUCAUUAUUGGGGUUAGGAGACACAAAUCUGGACAAUGAUUUGACUUCGCCAGAAACAAAUGUGGUCGUUGUCAAUGCCUGCUUGGUUGCUGCAGAAGAAGCUCUUGCAUUAUCAGGAUGGACUAUGGCUACAGUUUGUCGUGCUUUAUCUCUGGAAAGUAUGCUAGCAUUAUUAACUGGAGUUCUGUUGGAGAAGCAAAUAGUAGUAAUAUGCCCAAAUCUGGGUGUAGUGUCAGCUAUCGUUUUGUCGGUUAUACCAAUGAUAAGGCCAUUCCAGUGGCAAAGUUUGCUGCUCCCUGUUCUACCAAGAAAAUUGAUUGAUUUCAUUGAUGCCCCUGUCCCUUUUAUUGCUGGUAUCCAAUAUAAACCCCCUGAUAUCAAGAUGAAAGCGUCCAGUCUUGUCAGAGUCAAUGUACAGAAAGAUCAGGUCAAGGGAAAUUUAUUGCCUCAACUUCCGCGUUACAAGGAGCUUAUUUCAGAUCUCAGUCCAAUUCAUGCUAGACUUUCAUGUGAGAAUGCUCUGGCCAAGAAACAUCCUAUUUAUAAAUGCAAUGAAGUUCAGGCUAAGGCAUCCUGGCAGUUCUUUAAUGUUCUGAGAACCUACUUGGAGUCACUUUGUUCUGACUUGCGCUAUCAUACCAUCACCAAUGUACAGUCGGAUAAUGACAGGGUCUCUUUGCUUCUGAAGGACAGUUUUAUUGAUUCCUUCCCCUCAAAGGAACGACCAUUCAUGAAGCUCUUUGUGGAGACACAGAUGUUCUCUGUUCUUUCAGAUUCACGUCUUUCCACAUUUGAAAACGAGCACACACAAGUCUUUGUUUCAGCUGGAGAUCAAAACAAGUAAUAUUGCCAAUUCCUGGCAACAAUGUCUUCUUCCUGGUGUGAUCUUCAGAUGGACUACGGUUUGAUGGGACAAAAGGAAGAGAAAACAUGGUACGCAACUAAGAAUGGAGGACUAGACUGCCCAAGUGGUUAAGCUGUUCCGCUGAAUAGUAGGGCUUGUCUGGUUGAAGACGGAGAGCAUCAACAUUACAGUAUGAUGAUGCAACCCAAUCUUUUAAAUGGGAUGUACCUGCCGUUCCGGAGUAUAUAUGGACGAAAUAGAAAUGGUGCGUGGUGCUGUGUACUUGCACUGCAGUUCGUUUUCUGUUCCAAGUUGUCUUUCUAUGUAUACAUGUGCAUAUAGUGAAAGAACCGUGUAAAUAAGAUGAGCUUGUUUUGAUUGCCACUAUUCCCCAUCUCAAUUCAUGGUGCACAACAGUAGAUAGAAGUUUUGACACUGUAUUUGUAGGGAGAAAUAUUUUAGUUGUUAAAAAGGUUACUGAACGUUAAGCAGAGUUUUGUGAAACCGAAAAA